CAGCUUUGCCACCCGAAAGAGGAAAGCAGAAAAGGAUCAAAACAUAAAUAAACCAAAACAAUAAUCUCGUGCUCAACAACGCAUCGGUAGCGGAUUAACGAAAAAUGAAUCCAAUCAAUAGUUUCGCUUACCCAGAUGUUCCCAAGGAUUUAAGUAAAUUACUUUUCCAGAAUGAUAGACAACGAAUCGUUAUUGGGGUCAUUGGUAAAUCGACAUCACCGGACUGCAACAAGCUUCUUGGUUUCAAUUUGCUGAACAUCCAUCCAUCUCUGACGGACGCCGGAUGCUGCGAUGGGCGAGUGAAAUUUUAUUUCGAAAAUGACAGCAAUAUGCUGUUUUUACAUUUCGAAACGACAUAUGAUCAACAAGUUAUGUUGAAUCUAUUUCAAGAAAAAGCUAGCAACUCCGGAGACGAGUUCAAUUUUAUAAGCUUCAGUAGUGAAAUGAGAACACGAUUUGCAAGAUCAUUGAUUUUCGCGAUUCAAGUUUGUCAUAUGAUCGUUCUGGUAGAACCGAACUCCUCUUUCGAUGCAAGCUAUUUGUCGAUCUUUAAGUCACUGAAGAUUAUCCGUGAAAAGUAUAUCUUGAAAUUUUUACCAAAGAUGCUCAAAAACUCCAGCGUGGGAAACUAUAUGGGAAAGGAAGCUCGACUGUGCAGUCCCAGAUUUAUAUUUUUCUUUGAAGGAACCAAUAACAUUAAACCAGAACAUGUUGGAAAGCUGGAUGGUUUAGAGUGCUCCGUUCAAGAUGAUAUUUACAAAAUGCUGAGAAACGAGUUUAUUAUUACCAACAACAGUGCUAUGUCACUGUUCUCUUUGCCUAAAAGUAAAAAGUUUGUGUUUUUCGGCAGUGAUAAAUAUGCAAAAGUAGACCCUUUAGAGGACUGCAUCGAUAUGCUGACGCAGUAUCUCGACAAAACACCCGUCCAGUGUGAAGCCGAUGAACAAGAUUUGUUGAGCCGCCUUAGGCCUUAUGACGGUUAUGGAAUGUCGGCGUGGAGCGCUGGACCUAGUAAACCCCGCCAGCCGGAAAGAUGUAUAUUGACACUUCUGAAGGAACAUGUGGCUGAUAUAUUUGAACAUGGUUUUGAUGACAGUGUUUCAAAGUAUAGGGGGAGGAAUCAUUUUGUGGUUCCAAGUGUCAAAACGUGGUUUGAAGGCUUUAAACUAUUACACAAAAUUUUUAUUGAUUAUCCAAGUAGCGAUAAUUAUGAGUCCUGUGAUAGCGACUAUAGAGCAUAUUUGGAGAAUUUUCACAGUACAAUCGAUAUCGAUGAGUGCUUUUUUCGAGAAGUAUGUGAACAUGGGCUUGAGCUAGGAAUGGCGAACUACAAGGAUAUGCUACCGCAUCACUAUAGCGCGGCAUAUCAUGAGAACAAGUAUGCCCAAGCGCUUGAAGUUUUCCUGGAAUACGCUAGAGGACCGGAUGCGGAAAGACACGAGCAAAAGCUAAAAGAAUACUGUGAUUCAAUAUGGCUAAACGGAAAGCAGCAGUGCGAAUUCCCCAGUUUACGCGGAAACCCUUGCGCACUUGGCAAACAUAAAGCUAACGAUCCGAUGGAUCAUUCCAGCGGAAUGGUAUUUGUGUCUGCCUGUAACUGUGGUCGAGCACAGGGUCAUCGCGAAGAUCCUUAUACCAUUAGACAAGCCAAUUAUGAUUUUUACCAAAUUAUAGCUAAAAGUUGCAGCAACUGCAACCUGCUUGAAAGAGUGAAAUUUCCAACUUUUGAACCCUCAGGCAACAAUUUCCGUGCAGCGGAGUUUGUGAAUAAGAACCUAACAAAUCUGAUGUCUUUUGAAAAUGCCUGCAAAACCCCGGAUAUUAAUACUAAUCCACCACUGACAAACGAACAGUCUCCGCAUCUUUCCGGCAGCCAGAAAAGCCAAGAUGGGACAUCCAAUCUUUCAUUCAGCAUGGAUGAAGGAGAUGAGGAGGGCGAAGAUCCACCGAAAAGCCAAAAUGAUGCCAAAGGAGAAGCUGCACAUGAACCAAGAAGUGAAAUAGUAAUUAAAGUAGGGGAACGUGCAGACGAUUCGGAGAAACAGAAAAAUAUAAUCAGACAACCAUCAACAACGGAAUAUCUUCCAGGCAUGCUGCAUGCAGCGAGUCCAACAGGAUUGCUCCCUCAGUUUCCUUCCUGGUCUUUGUUGUGCCUGGGACCUAGCUCGAUUUACACUCACAAUAGUGGCAUUCCAGAACACAUUCAAAGCGGUUUCCUUUCCGGUGCCAAUUUUCUUUUGCCUUGGGACGUUAGUGUGCGCCUAGAGCAUGCACAAUCGUGGGCAGCUUCGUACGAAAAAAUUCGUAAUCGCAAGAAAAAUUCGCAGUCGAAAAACCAAUCAGAGGCAAGCAACAAUUUUACUUUGAAGAUCUUCAUCGGCAUCGAAUAUGAAUGCUUGCGUGGCCACAGAUUUAUAAUGAGCGGCCCGGACAGUGUGUUACGUGGAGGUUCGGGUAUCGUACGCGAUAGCGGCAGUAAAGUUGUAUUUAAUGACAUGCCGAUUUAUUUCCCCUGUCCGUGUCGUAGCGCGGCUAAUAUUGCUCAGUUGAUGCGCGUCCAUAUUGUAACGCCGAAAGCACCAGUGAAUGUUAUUUUGGAACCCAAAGUAAAAAUGUAUCAGAACGGUACUUCGAACAGUCUCAUUUUUACGACAGGUUUGAGCGAACCGGUAAAGCUGAGUCAAAGUGCUUACUGGAUAUUGCGGUUACCUUUUGUUUACGAGGGUGAAACUAGAUCGCUGCUACCUCCGGCCGAGGUUGAUCCGACCAGUGCUGGAUCACAUGGGGUUCUACUGGCCGGAAUGUAUGGUAUAAGAGAGAGUGAACUUAGCGAGGAAGCGGCUGCGUUGUAAUUUAUAAGAUUGUUGGAAAAUAUAUAACAUAUUUGCAACUGCA